GCCACCUUAAAUGCUUUGGCCUGCCCUCCUCUCUUUAAUGCAUGGCUUCUAUCUGAUCGACGAACCCAAUUUUAAUAACACUCUUUAACUAAUUCCUUUGCAACUCUUGAAUAAUCAAAGGCGGAGGGAUUAAAUUUGGUUUUGUAUUAUCCCAAAUUUAAAGUUUCCUCUCGUUCGAUCGAUAUCCUUCUUUUGUUUUGGAGGGGAGAUGGAACUUACAGAGCUCUCUUUAGCUCCAACGAUAUCUGCAGAAAGCAAGAACAUGAAUACUAGCAGGAAGAAGAGGAAGCUUUUUGAAGAUGAUUACCUCCUGAUGAAGAUUAAUGAAACAUCAGUAGUUCGUACAAGUCAUGUUGAUCUCGAGCUUGAAAACCCUUUGCCAUUGGAUUGGGAGCAGUGCCUUGAUCUUAAGUCGGGAAAAGUGUACUAUUUGAACAGAAAGACAUCGGAAAAGAGUUGGAAGCGGCCAUUAAAGGAGGAUCAGGAGGAAGCACAUCUGGACCUUGAGCUCCACAUCUCGAGCACCUUCUCGGCCGAUGAUUCGUGUUCGGAGCAGCGACGUUGCCGAAGAAGCUCAAAGAAAGUAACUGCCGAAGAGGCGGUGAUCGGCAGUAGCAAUAAUAAUAUGAUGCUGGCUUUGGCUUGUUUGAAUUGCCAUCUGCUUGUGAUACUCUCCAAGUCUUCUCCUUGUUGCCCCAACUGCAAAUAUGUCCACUCAUUUCCACUUCCAAGUGCCAACCAAAAUCUCAACUCAAGUCCUUCAACUUGGUCGAUCGAGCUAGCAUUAUCUAACUCAGAUUAGGGAAUUGUAGUAACGAGGUAUGUUAAUUGGUUUGCAUUCUUGUAUAUAUUCAAAUAAAUAAAAGAUAUGCACAGCCACUCCAUUCCCAA